AAAAGGCUCAGAGACUGCAAACAAAACUUUGGGGCGGGGGCAAGGUUAUCUCUAUGUGACUAGUGCUCUGAUUCUUAUUUAGUGGUUUUGGGUCUACAGCAAUUAUAUGGGGUUUUUUUAGUAGUCAUUUCUCUCUGCUUGCUUUUCCUGCCAUGAAUAUGAAAUCUCUAUUCCUUUCUAGUCUUUAUAGCUGAAAAAAAAAACACAACCCGAGAUCUACCCAGUUAUGGCUAACACCCGGAUUUCUGGAAAUGAAGAAAGGAUUAAAUAUGUACAGGGAGACCUUUUUACUUGUCCAGAAACAGAGUCCUUGGCUCACUGUAUUAGUGAGGAUUGUCACAUGAGUGCUGGCAUAGCUGCUACUUUUAAGAAGAAGUUUGGGGGUGUUCAGGACCUUUUGAACCAACACAAGAAGACUGGAGAUGUAGCUGUUCUGAAGAGGGAAACCAGAUAUGUGUACUACUUGAUCUCAAAGAACAAAUAUUUUCAUAAGCCUACAUAUGACAAUUUACGGAAGAGUUUAGAAGCUAUGAAAAUCCAUUGUCUGAAAAAUGCGGUAACUCACAUUUCUAUGCCAAAGAUUGGUUGUGGACUUGACCGCCUGGACUGGAAGAAAGUUUCAACAAUGCUUGAAGAAGUAUUUGAAGAUACCAAUAUCCAUAUUACAGUUUAUACUCUUUAAUGCCUACUAUAAUUGUCUUUUCUGUUUGCUGUUAUAUCCUUGUAUCUCAUCUGGGAUAAAAUGAUAAAAUUAUCUUAGUUCCACUUUCCACAGUUCUUUUCAGACAUUUUCUGCUGUUCACAAAUUUUAAAAAAUGUCAAAAUUUACAUUCUAGUGUUCAUGGAUUACAUUGUGUAUCCAUCUUCUAUUUAGCAAUUGCAAGAUAUUAUUUUAAGAAAAACACUUGGCACUACAAGUUUUUGGACUAGAUUGGCGAUCUAUUUUGUGUGGAAGAGAUUGGUAUAAGGUGGAAAGCUAUGUUUCAGUUAAAGAUGUAAAUGUUAAAAGAAACAGAUUUUCUUUUUCACAUAUAUAAAUAAAAGGCCUUUUCCAAAUAUGAGUUCAUUUAUGUUUUUGAAAUACUGCAGUAUAUCAUUGCUCAUACAGAGUUAUUUGUGUCCACCCAGGUCCACUGUUGAAAUGUAUAGGGAGUGCUGUAUAUUUAAGCAUUCCAUGAACAUGUUCAUACACAUAAUGGAAUUCUGAACUGGUUUUGCUUAGGUGGUUUCUUUAACAGAGUACAUAUUGCUAAAAUAGCAAAUGAUGAGUGAUAGAUAAAAUAAUUUAGUGUGACUCUGAGGGCAACUCUGAGGGAAAAUUUAUAAUAAAAAUGGAUAAUAUUGAAAUAAAAAUCAUAUUGUAAGUCUCUAUGUAAGAGGCUUUUUCAAAUUAAAAGUGUAAUUGGGGACAGCUCACUAAAAACUAGGCAUGUUUAGUGAGAUGUAUUGUUUCCCAUUUGUUUAAUUUUUAAAAUUAUACUAAAAAUGCUUUAAACGUUAUCAUAAAGCAGCUGAGCCAGCAUUCAUUAGGAAAUUAUUUCUCAUGAUUAACAGAGACCAAGCUUUUUUAUAAUAUGUGUACUAAUCAGUUCACAAGUGCAAGAAUAUUUGUAUCACACUCAACCAAUGCUUUGUGAAUGGCCACUGUCAAUUAGUAAUUAGUAAUGCCUCUCUCUACAUUUCUCUUUGACUUCUUCACACUGCAUAUUUAUGCAGUUUUUAGUUGUGCUUGAUAGCAUCAUUAUCAAUAUUUGUUUAAAAAUCUAAAAUGUUAAAAACACAAUUGUUAAAUUUGUUUUUUUUAAGUUUCUUUGGGUGGGAUAUAACCUUUUCUAAAGUUGUAAGUGAAAGAACUUUGCUUUACAGAUAUUUAAUUCUGUUUCCUGUCAUUCAUAAUGUUUUUUUUUCUUCCAUGUGAACAACAGUACUGCAGGUUCAUGUAUUUCAAAAAAAUCAGAUGCCUACAUACAGCAUAAUAAAUGUAUUUUUAGUCUAUCAGCGCUGCAGCAUGUCAGCUGGAGACUUGUAGUGUUUCCUGUUUCAAAGCAGCUCUGGAAAACUGAGUUGAGAGUCCCAAAUGUCAGAGUAUAUCAUGCUUCUUGCUCCAUUGGGUUGGCCGAUUUUUCCUGGAGAGGCAGAAAAAGAGACAUGAAAUGCUUUUCUCAGCAAUAUGGUGUUUUACCUGUUGCAAAAUGGGUUAUUUUGGAGGGGGAUUGAUCUGUCUACUUUCUAUAUUCAUAAAAUCCAUUUGACACCCUUUAUGUAGCCAGAGACACUUUCUUAAUAGCUUCUACAAACAUCCUGUUGAUAAUUUUACGGAGAUUGAUAUGGGCUUUUAAUUUUAUACUUUUAAGGUUCCAGUUGAAUUUUUUUUUGUAAUUAUCAUGUGUCUGCUUUAGUUGAUUAAAAUACUUUGAAAGAUUA